CCGCAGUCUGACAAUCUCCAAUUCUUCUCCUGUACCCAGUGAAAUGAUAAUUAUUUUCCAAAAUGGCAGACAUCGUAACGAGCACCUUAUUUUGCUAAUCUACUGAAAAUUUCUAAGCCUAACCUAACCUCUCAUUGUUUCUACCAGACCAAGACAAGAUAAGUUCAAGUUAAUUUUGCUCCAUUGUUGAAAUCACAAAAUUAAAUGGACAACCUUGCGACAUCACAACUGGAUAAGGACACCGUUAGUUAUUUGACAAACAGGACAGACAUGGUUGGCAACACCGUAGAGGAGGGUGUAAUAAACCAUGCAUUAUCUGAAGUGAAGACUAUUUUAAUGGAUUUUUCUUCCAACCAAACCAAAAGGAUGGAAAUGCUAGAUAUUUCCGUUGACGGGAUCUGUACCAAUUUGGAGCAUUUCUCACAAAAACUUAAGACCACAAUCGAUCUCGUUGGCAAGCUGGACAUGAAACUUCAGAUUCUUGAUGAUGUAUUGGUGAAACUGGAUAAUCUUGAGGAAGUCGUGAACAACUUGUGCUCCCACGAGGUUGUAAGGGGUGGUUUUAGUAGAGGCAGACGAGGUACGCCACCUCGUGGAAGAGGAAGAGGGGUUGCGGCAAGGCUUUCAAAUUCGACAUUUCGUGCUCACAACUCAGUCAUCAUGGCGCCAACAGAGGACGGGGAAGAUAGUGAGUCAAUGGGGUCUCCCUAUCUGGGUCCUCAACAAAACAAGGCCCACACAUUCAAUGCUUCAUGUCUGGGCAGUUUGGGGAAGGUUAAUUCCCAGCAUACCACUGGGAAUUAUUCGUUACAAAGUUCUCAGAACUCUCACGGAUUAGUGAGGAGGUUUAGCUUGAAACCAUCUCCCAUGAAACGGCCCUUAAAGAUGCAGAAGACUGAUGCAGGACACUCACAAACAUCCAACUUAAACUCAACCACGCGAGACAAUACGCAAGCUAUUCGUGGCGUUACCCUUAAGUCCCCACUGCCUGAAAGCAACAUGUUACACGGGUUAACCAUGCCAGCGUACAUCAAAUGUAAGUUCAGACCAACAGUAGACAUGGAUCUAGGACCUGACAAAAUUCGGCUAUGCGCAUAUGUUUGGCACGUUGGUGAUGACGAAAGUGCCAAUGAGGUGUUGUUAAAGACAGAAGAACAUGUAGCUACAAGAAAAUCGUUUGAUUGUUUUUGCCUUCCACAAAAGAUAACACGUGAGAUACUAGGAUGGAUGGCAGUUAAAGCUACAUGGACACAGCAACAUGGGGUUGAUCAAACUUUGUGGUCGUUGCCUCCAACUUUUGCUGAUGAUGUCAGCAAUUCACUCACAAUUGAAGAAAUGAAGGCAAAAUAUGUCGCGAAGUGGAUGUGGCCAUUCCCAAACCUAUCACAUAUUUAUGUACCCAUUGAGGAAAAAUCUGGCCAUUGGUUUCUCAUGGUUGUUUGUACUGAGGAUAAGGUAAUUUACCAGUUUGACUCAAACCUUGAUGUGCACAUGAUGGAAUCAAGGACUGACACAAUGCAAAAACUGUGUGAGGUUCUUUCGCAGAUGAUGACAACACCCGAGUUCCCAGAUAAUUAUCUAAAUGACAUUUUUCGUCAAGACAAUUGGGAGUUGUCAGAAGCUAGAGGGAUUGCUAAUCGUGGUCAUAGCAAAGACGCAGCAGCAUGCGUUCUAGAUUGGCUAGACAUGGAGCAUAUGUUCAAGCCUAAUGUUUCUGGCAUGCAACAUGAGCGACUAGUUAGAAUGAGGGUGGCCAUGGACUUGUUGACUGGUACCCACAACGAGGUGUGGCCUAGCCUGCAGAAGAAAGUGGAGGAAUACUGGAGCACCGUUAAGUAGCGAUACACAAUUUGUGUUCGCUGCCCAAAACACUCUUGUGAUCAUUUUGUUUAGUGUAAACGAAAGGAUACGUGCACUUGUUUAUCCAAUUUCUGCUGUUUGACUUUGUAUUAUGCGCAACAUACCAUCCCAACUAUUGGAUGAAAUCAAAUGUAGCGCCCCUACUCUUCUCUUCCAAUUGAUCACAUCUGGGAUCAACUUAACUGUACGCGUAGGGGUUCCUUAUAUGUUAUAUGUUCAUAUAUAUGUAAUUUCGUACUUAUCACACUGUCUCUACAACUAUUGCUCUCUUAACUACCCUGUAAUAUUUACUCCUUUCAGCAUUAUCAUUUCUU